UUGUAAGCUAUGCGCGUUACUCGUCUAUCAUGAUAUUAUCGAGCGCCUCGAGAUAAGCAUAUCUAUUCAUUUAAAAAGAAGGCACGGAUUUCAUUUCCUGUUUGAAAUACCGAUAGAUUCACAUCACAUUUUUUCAAACUGCGAAAGUGUAAACGUCCCUUUUCGGCAGUCAUUUUUAUAGUUUAGUUCUAAAAAAAUAUGAAGAUGAAAACAAAUUGGUUAUGUAUACACAUAGUCUUGAUGCUUUUCGCUUCAGUUUACGCAGUAGGUUUUUAUGGAUUGCACUUCAAAGGGCUCGAAGAGCCAGCCUGGAUAGGAACCCGAAUAUUAGAUCAGAAGUGGAUGCAACAGCCUAUAGAUCAUUUUAAUCAUCGCGAUAAUCGAACCUGGCUAAUGCGAUAUUAUGAAGAGGACAAGUAUUUCAACGGUUCUGGCCCAAUAUUCAUUAUGUUGGGAGGAGAGUGGACGAUUAAUCCGGGCUUUUUGCAAUCUGGUUUAAUGCAUAGUCUCGCGAAGCAGCACGGAGCUUUAAUGUUUUAUACCGAACAUCGUUAUUACGGGAACAGUAAACCGACUCAAGAUAUAAGUUCAGAUAAUAUGCAGUAUUUGAAUGUUGAUCAAGCAUUAGCAGAUGUCGCGUACUUUAUAGAUAAUAGAAAAAUUCAAAUGAACAUUAGCAAUUCGAAAGUUAUUGUUUUUGGUGGAUCUUAUGCUGGAAACAUGGCAGCUUGGAUCAGAACUAAAUACCCGCAUCUCAUUCAGGGAGCCGUGGCAAGUAGCGCACCAGUUUAUGCUAAAGCAGACUUUUACGCGUAUUACGAAGUGGUAACGGCUUCACUGAAGCGACAUGAUGCACAAUGCGCAACGGACGUUCAAACUGCAUUUGAUCAGACUGAGAAAUUAUUGGCUUCUAAGGGGGGUCCGAAAAAAAUAAGAGAACUCUUCAAUCUCUGCGAAAAUCCGAAUGUGAAAUCCACAAAUGAUAUCAGCUAUUUAAUGAAUUUUUUAUCGGAAAUCUUUGCCAGCAAUGUUCAGUACAACAAGAUUGUGAAUGGAAAAAGUAAAAUUAGUAUUUUAUGCGACACAAUGACAAAUGCCAGUAUUGGUAAGCCUAUUGAGAGAUUAGCGCAUCUGGUCAACAAAGAAGGGGAUUGUAUCGAUGUCAGUUAUUUGGAAUUUGUGAAGAAAAUGAGAAAUGAUUCUUGGAGCAGUAACCCAAUGAAACAGUGGUAUUUUCAAACCUGUCACGAAUUUGGAUAUUAUCAGACAUCGAAUUCUAACCAGUCAGUAUUUGGAACAUUAUUCCAUCUUGACUUUUUCGUCAAUAUAUGUACAGAUGUUUAUGGUGACUAUUAUGAAAAUCAUUUGUUGGAAAAUGGCAUUAGAAGAACAAAUAUAAUGUACGGUGGAAUCAUUCCGGACGUUAGAAAUAUUAUUUUCGUUAACGGGGACGUGGAUCCUUGGCACGCUCUUUCGAUUCUCCACGAUAUCAAUGAAUUUUCGCCUGCAAUUCUUAUUCACGGAUCAUCUCACUGCCAGGAUCUUCAAUCCGACGAUAAUGAGGAUGUUCCUGAAUUAAGAGCAGCUAGGGAAAGGAUAAAAAAUAUCGUUUCAAUUUGGCUUCAGUAAUGUUUGUUUAUUCAUCCGUUUUAGAAUUAUACGUAAAUACAAAAAGAAAAAAAAAAUGGAUAUGGGAUUUUAUGUGCAUUUAAUUAAAAACAAAAAUACAAUUGCUUAUCGAACAAACGUAAUCUUAUCACUACCCUUCGACCGACAAUGUAAAAUAGCAUCGAAGUCUUAACUAUAUUUAACAACUACAGUAUUUCUUUUAUGUGCUAAAUAUUUUGU